AUGCAGCUAUAUCAUCAUCCAUAUUCCUUGAACAGCCAGAAAGUGGGGCUCGUGUUGGAGAAGAACAUCGAUUGAACAUCAUUUCAUGUCAAUCCUAUCAGGGGCAUGAAUUUCGAUUCCAGAUUCUUCGAGAAGAACCCGUCUGCAAAGCUUCCCGUUUUCCAGAAUGGUUCCCACGUCUUGUUUGACACCAUUGAGAUCAUUCAGUACAUAGAAAGAAUCGCAAAGGUCACUCGUACGGGAGAAGAAUCCAGCCUUAGCAGUGGAGAAGUCGCUGAAUGGGUAUACAAGAUACAGCGAUGGAAUCCAAAGCUCUUCACCCUUUCGCACACCCCACCUAAGUAUUGUCUCAAGGUUACUACAUUCCUUAGGCGUGUGAAAAUCGCAAGGAUGGCUGAAUGCCCUAAACUGGCUGCCACCAUUGCUUAUAACAGAAGAUAUUGCUGA